AUGAAAAUAUUUUUACCCGUUCUCUCUUUAUACGGUAAAGUUGGCCAAAAUGUCAGACAAAAAAAAAAGCCGCAAGUUGAUGCACAUGGGAUUGAAGGGUUGCUCAUGGCCUUACGAUUCUUAAAAGUAAAAUCUCAUAGACAGUUUAACACCAAUUUCUCAAUACAUGAUCGUUAUCCGCACUGGUUCUGUGCUCUAUCUUGCGGAAUAAAAAUGGACUUUGGAUCUCAUUCCACAUACCAGUUUCAAGGAAUCAUGAUUGUGUUACUUGGUGGUGUCUGGAGUUUUGGCUUAGGAUUGGAAAUACCUGCUCUUUCUUCUGAAGGAGGAAUAGCAAAGAUUGGAAUGCUUAGAACUGAGGGAUAG